AUAGACACACCGACGCAGUUCCUCCGCUGACGGCGACGGAGGCUGCAAACGAAACGAAACGAAACGAAACGAAACUCAAACUCAAAUCUCAACUAACACACCACACAGCUUUCCAUUAUCCAAAACUAGUGAAGGUAUUCUAUAGUCCUUAUGGAGACGCAAUCGCAAGAAAAUUUAGAGCAUCCUCCCAAUGACGUACACAAUGAUGAAGCUUCGAACCACAGAGACAAUGAGCAACAGCAAGAUGUUUCCACGGAAGAGGUUGUGAAGGUUCUACAAGUUAUUGCAUCCACUGGGAGGUUCUGGCAUAAUUGGGAUAAGUUGAAGAGUAUGCUAUCAUUUCAGCUGAAGCAGGUAUUAUCAGAAUACCCUGAGGCAAAAAUGACAAGUGAGCAGCAAUAUGCUUCAUUAGGAGAAUCAUACACUGAGUUGGUCAACAAAUUGGAUGAAGCACUUGUUUGUUUCAUCGAAGGCCCUCCAUUUACCUUACAAAGGCUUUGUGAGAUCCUAUUGGGUGCAAAAAGCAUUUAUCCGAAUCUUUCAAAGCUUGCUUUAGCUCUUGAAAAGAACUUGUUAGUUACAUCUACCUUAACAAUCUGCACUGAUCCAUGCCCCCAAGCUACAGAAAAAGAGCCAGAUGACCAAGAGAAGGCUAGUGAAAAACAGCAGCAGCAGCAAACCGAUAGUACACAAAAUGGCAUUGAGCCUCUGGUGGUCGACAAGGAUGAAGUAAUGACUGAGGCUGAUACGGGUGAUGAUAUGACCAUUGACAUGGAAGCUUUUGAAGACGUGAAAUCAUCAGAAACAAAUUCUGAGCCUAAUGCUAAUAAUGCGUAAGCUUCAUGGUUAGUGUCCAUCUUUAUAUCCAUAAACUCUGAUGAGCUCAAAGAUUCGAAUGUUUCCUCCUGGUGAGCUCCAAAUGCUGUGAGGACAACUUGGACCUUGGUCAUUGCAGAGUGCUUUAAUCCCUGGUUUGGUAAUCAUUGGAGCUGGACAUUCACUUUAAAAUUAAAAUCAUAACAGUCUCUACUCUAUCUCUUGGAUGCUAUGCUUGUGUUGGUGGGACGAUAUUGAAUAGCUCAAUGUAGAUUUGCUUUUAAUUUAUGUUCUGAAGUUAUGUUCACAAACUUGUUCAUGAACUUCUGCAUCCUCCUUCUCAUGCCCUUUGCAGUGGGUAUGGUAGUAUCUGGCUCGCAUUUUGGGUGUGCAAGAGAUUAAAUGUGCAGCUCGCGGUUUCAGUCCAACUGAAAGCGGUUUGCACCUGGUAAUAUCUCGUAUAGAUAUAUUGGAGUCUGAGCUCGAAAAUGAGCUGGUGUGACAAAUUGAGCUAGGUCGUGUGUGCGUUGAGCGUUUUGAGAUUUUGGACCAAAACAUGUCUCAAGUCUUAACUACAGGCAAAACACAAAUUUGGAAAGAGUUAAUAAAAAUUGGUCAAAUUUUAC